AUGUACGUGUUACUUGUUUCCAAAUCAGUUUCAGACUUCAGUGUUCAGUCUCAAAUCUCAAUCUCUCCAACACUCCAACCCUUUCUCAAAUUCGCGGCGCCGCUCCUCCGUCCACCUUCUCCGACACGACUCCGGCCAGCCACAAGCAAGCCACACACACAGACAAGCACACGCACCCUGCUACUCAUUCUCUCAGAUGAUGUUGAUCUCGAACGAGUUGCAAAAGAUACCCAUGGUUUUGUUGGUGCAGAUCUUGCCGCUCUCUCCACAGAGGCUGCGCUCCAGUGCAUCCGUGAAAAAAUGGACGUUAUUGACUUGGAAGACGAUACGAUUGAUGCUGAGGUGUUGAAUUCGAUGGCUGUGACGAAUGAACACUUCCAGACCGCACUGUCCUCUACAAAUCCUUCUGCCUUGCGCGAAACUGUUGUGGACGUACCUAAUGUUUCGUGGGAUGCCAUUGGACUGAAUUUUAGCAUUUUUUUCUCUCAAUCUUUUUCCUUUUUUUUUUUUUUGGUUUAAACAGACCAUGGCAUGGAUACUAGAUGAGUACUCAAAAGUUUCAUGGCUACUCACCUGCAGUAGUGACUGGAAAGCCUAUUGAUAUUGGUGGAUCACUAGGAAGAGAUGCAGCAACGGGAAGAGGAGUACUUUUUGCAACAGAGGCAUUACUCAAUGAGUAUGGAAAGAGCGUCUCCGGACAACAGUUUGUUAUACAGGUGGACUUUUACUGAACACAAAAAGUUUAUAUGGUUGAGAUGUUUGAGAAAUUUGGGAUGUCACCUUCUAAAGGCGUUCUCUUUUAUGGACCACCUGGCUGUGGGAAAACCCUUCUCGCCAAGGCAAUUGCCAAUGAAUGCAGUACUCAUCAGUAUCCGGCGCAACAAUGCAGUACUCAUCAGGGUCUGUCGAAUAUUUGCUCGUUCUAUUUCAGUUUUUAUGAACCGUAUAAGCAAUUCUACUUUAGCACAUAACCUCA